AUGGAAUAUGGUAACUGUCCCUACGCGGCAGCCAACAGCAAGCCGGGCGAGAAGAAACUACGCACACGCAUUUGCGUCGGCUUCUCGGCUGAGGCCUCGGUUGAGGCCGUCCAAGACUAUCUUCAUACCAGAUUACGUCAAUUGGGGAGAGGCCCUGGGUGCUACCCUUCUCCCUUGCAGUAUGGAGAAAUUGUGAAAAUCAGAUCAUGCUCCUUUAUUCCUGCAGAAGUCAACUUCUCAGCUUAUGCAAAGGAACUGAUGAGACUAUUUGAUUUCAAAGUACCGAUUGGUAUCAAGAUGAACUGGGUUUCUAUUCCGUACACGGGCCGAGCAAAGCUGAUCAGGCUUGAAUCCCAGGAGGGAGCGGGUUCCCUGUCCGGACCAUUCACGAAGGUGACAACGAAGAAGCUGGCUGAAGCUACCGACCGCAAACUGAAGAACGAAAUUGAUCGCCAUAAGGCAGGUCCACUCUUCCUGAUGAUCCUUCCUGGAGAAAUGGAAGGCUCGUACAUCUUUGUAUGCCGCAAGAAGUACGGUCAGUUAGCACGAAACGUGUUGAGAGGGAUAGUUCCGUUCUUGAUUCAUCACCUGUGCGAACCUACCGAUACGCAAGCUGAUCGAGUCUUGGGUAAAUGGAUUCCCAAAUCAGAGAUCCAGGCGACACGUCGUAAGUGUUUGGUAUGGUGCACCAACACACUACGCGCUAUUGAGGCCUCCGAUCAGUCCACCAAGGUGGAGGAAGCUCUGGAGUUUUUGGACGAUGUGAUCAAAGACACCACCAAUGUCUACCAAGAACAACUCUCAAUCGAUAUGGAUAUGGCAAAUGCCAAGGAUAUUGACGAUGGUCAAACGGUCACGGGGAUGCUGGACGAAAUGCACGAACGUGAACAACAAUUGGAGGAUGCCUUUGUGGAGAUCGAAGCCCGUGACAACGCCUUGGCGGCUAAAGACCAGGCCCUGGCUCAGAAGAAAGCCGCGACUGCGGCUCUUCAAGCCCAACUUGACGCCCUUCAACGUAAGACAGCCCACCACUUGGCCAUCGAUUCGCAACCACCUGCUCAAAACAAUGAGGUAUCUCCAGAUCGGUCCUAUUUCACUACGCCACCAAAAAAGAGGAAAAGCAAGGAUACUUCCACGACUAAGAGGAGAGUUAACAGGUCUAAGGCUGGUCCUAAGCCGCCCACUAAGUCAACUUGUACCAGCACGUCUGUUCACUUUCAGCAGCCAAAGCAGCGCUCUCCGAACACAUCUCAGGUCCAGGUGGACACAACUCAGAUGGAAGGUGAUACUACGACUGCUGUGUCCCAGGACGAAAGCCUCUCAUCUCUGACAGCGGCAUCUCCGGGAGGUGUACACCCAUUCUUUCUCCCUUCUCCAUCUGGCAAAUCUGGUACUAACGGAUCUGCUAAGUUGCCUUCUUUGGCCGGCCGCGGAGCGCCUCGCUCCGCGGCAGGGCCAUGA